AUGAAAGAAAGACUUCAAAUAAUACAAAAUAAUCUUAAUGACCAUAUGCUUCAAUGUGACUGGAAACGGUGGAAUCAAGAAAAGAUAGCUAUAUGUUCAGUCAAAAUUCGUCAUUCCAUUCGGAUCGCAAAUACGCAUGUUCAUAAAGAAUUAAAUAUGUUGACAAUAAACCAGAGUGCGUAUAAUAAAGAUAAUGAUGGUAAAAGUAAUGCCACUAAAGAUAGUAACAGUAAAGAUAAUAAUAAUAGUGAAGAUAAUGAAGACAUGUACAAUGAAAAUAAUGAAGACAUAUACAAUGAAGAUAAUAAGGACGACGAUAAGAAGGAGAACUGA